AACAAGAAAUCACUGUCUCAAGCGUUACAAACGCCACCAGCAUAAUCGUGGAAGGAGUUAUGUUGAUGACGCCGAGAGGAAGAGCCGUGUGGGAACCUGAAAACCACAAAAUAUUUGUGGACUUAUGCGUUGAGCAAAGGAUGUUGGGAAAUCGACCUGGAUUGCAUCAUAUGUGGGAACCUUUUCAACAAAGGACGGGCGGGGUGUUCACCCAAGUCCAGCUUAGGAAUCAUUGGGAUACAAUGUUGAGACAGUGGAAGAUAUGGUGUAGACUUGUUCAAUGCAGUGAUAUGAAAUGGGAUCCCAAGACAAAGACGUUUGGUGCCAGUGAUCAAGAUUGGAACAACUAUUUUGUGGUGCAUCCUGAGGCUGACCAGUAUCGGUUUCGGUUGACUCCUCCGUCGUGGUUCAAGGACCUAAAGAUUAUCUUUGAAGGUACUAACUUCGAUGAUGAAGGUACUUCAUGUGGCAAAAGGAAGCGAAUUCCUGAUGAAGCUACUGACACUGGAGAUGAAGAUAUCACGAUUCCGCGGUUGAAAGCAUUUAAAGCAUAUUGGUCAUCGUCCUCACAUGAGCUGUUUCUUGAUUUGUUGGUCAAAGAGUCUUUAAGAGGAAACACAACCAGACGUAACUCAUACUAUCCCAAGGAAACUUGGAACAUGAUGGUUGAGUCGUUCAACCAGAAGACAGGACUAGGCUACACAAGAGAGCAGCUCAAAAACCGCUGGAAUGUUACCAGGGAUGCUUGGAAGCUCUGGUGCCAAGCUAUUGGCUCUCCGCUAUUGAAGUGGGAUGCCAACACCAAUACCUUUGGCGCUACGUCAGAGGACUGGGAAAACUACUCCAAGGAAAAUAAGAAAGCUGAAGUAUUCAGAUUGAAACAUAUUCCUCACGCUGAUAAACUAGCAAUCAUCUUCAAAGGACAUAUUGAACCUGGAAAAGUCGCUACACGUCCUUACCGCAAGAGAGUGAUCAAUCAUCAUUCCGAAGCACCACAUGACCCAGCUCCUUCAUCAGCACUCAACAUAAACGAGCCAGUGGUCACAGGAAGUGAAGGUGGAGCUGGUGAUGUUGACACAGUGAUCGAUGAAUCACCACAGGACCCAGCUCCAAUAUCAACACUCUACACAAACGAGCUAGUCACAGGAAAUGAAGGUGGAGCUGAUGAUGAUGGCGAUGAUGAGCCUACUCUGCAUCACGGGAUAUUUAACGGUGUUGGUGUUGCGGAGUCACAAGAUGUUGAAACUGCUGUAACUCCGGCGCCGUGUCACAGGUUCAAUAUCGAGCUGGUGGAGAAGAUUCCAGCGACUGCAUCGGUUAAGGAGUACGAGUUUACCAUUGGGGAAUGCAUGAAGUGUUUGGACGCCAUGGAAGAGGUUGAGAAAGGUAGUGAUCUUUACAUGUUUGCGUUGGAUUUGUUUGUGAAGAAAGAGUACAGAGAGAUCUUCUUGCUGUUGAAGACCUCAAGUUUGAGAAUGUCUUGGCUGCUUAGACGUCAUUCUGGUGGCUCUACCAUUGCUGCCUAAGAUCCUCUUAUCCUCCUUGACUUCUCCUUAUGUCUUAUUAUGCUUAAAACUCUAUUUCUCUUUUCAAGAAAACAGUUUAUGUUAU